AUGCCUUCUGUACCUCUUUCACUCGGCACACCGAAUCUCCAUUUUCGGUCUCCACUGCCAUUUUCUUCCCCUUUACACUUUCACACUCCCUCCUUAAACCCUUUCCUCCUUCCCCACAUUUCCAUUCCCCAAACUCCCUCGCUUUUAAUGGACUCUUCAUACCUUCUCCCAAUACACCACAACACGAACGCGCCGCCGCCGCCGCCGACCGGGCACUCGAAAUCGCUGUUCUGGCACCACUCAUUCUACUGGGGAAAAAACGUUGAGUUCCUCUUCCCGGGUUGGCCCGGCCGGAGCUCCGGAAUGUACGCUCUGAGCUUGAUUGUGGUUUUUGUGCUGGCGGUUAUGGUGGAGUUUCUCUCCAAUCUCAACUUGGUUAAACCCGGAUCCAACCGGGUGGCGGCGGUGGCCUUCCAGUCCGGGAUUCACGCGAUUCGUGCCGGAUUUGCGUACAUGGUGAUGCUGGCGGUGAUGUCGUACAACGGUGGUGUUUUUAUCACGGCGGCCGUGGGGCAUGCGGUUGGGUAUGUCGUUUUCGGAAGCCCACUCUUCAAAAAGGCUUCCUAAAGAUGCUCGUCAGAUUCCGAGUUUAAUGGGCUUCUGGCCUUUCUGGGUGUGCAAUGAAAUAAAUUAUAACUCUUUUUUUCUUUUAAUUAAUUAAUUAAUCUUUUAUUUUGGGUUGUGUUUUGCGAAAUUAUAUGAAAAUUUGUUCAUUUUAACGUGUAAACAAACAGUUUG